ACUGCAAAACUACAACCAGCGCGUGUUUAGCCAAGAGAGGCCACUGCAGCGACACAUGCAACAGAGAUGAGGACACAUUCAACAAUAUCUGCAGUAGUCCAGGCUGCUCCUGCUGCGUUAAAAAAGCCUCGUGCCAGAGUCAGACCAACGAGUGCAGAGCCAAACUGGGCCGCUGUGGCUCCACGUGUGGCAAAGAUGAGAAUCCGCUCCUGAAUCUUUGCACAAGUAAAAACUGCUUCUGUUGCGUUAAAGCUCCGCUUACUUCCUGUGAACAAGAAACUGACUGUGCCAUGAUAAACGGCAAAUGCAAGCCCAAGUGUGUACUUCCCGAGAAGUCUUACCCAGAGCUUUGUGAGAGUAAGUCGUGUACCUGUUGCUCAUCCAAGGCCAAGCCCAACAGCCCUCAGACCUGCUUGCUGGCGAAUGGAGAAUGCAUAGCCACUUCUUAUCCAUGCUGGGGCGUCUUCUGGGGCAACUGUGGCUCCAGCAGCCAACGGUGCUGCAUCGAUUAGGAAUCAGAAACACGACCUAAAUUUAUAAAUUUUCAAAAUGUGUGGGUUUUAUUUUUGGUUUUAGAUCCAUGAUCAGGUCAAGUAACGUUCUGCACCUUUGUAUGAAUAUAUGACCCAGUAUAUUUCACAGUCCUUGGCAUAUUUAAAAAGGUAUAUUCAUAUAGAAUAAUAAGUGCCCUUUUAUAUCCAUUCCUACUUCCAUAUUUGCAGCCCCCUCUCAGGCUGUAGAACAGCACCAAAAACGUUGUUAAAUUAUAAGUAGAGUAAAUUAUAUCGUUAUCUUUCAAAAUGUCUUCUUUUGCAAAAUAUAUGUAUUAUUAUGAACAUCUUUACUUACAAAAUUAAUAUUUAACUUUGAAAGUAGAAGUAAUGAUGAUGAUGGUUAAAUAAGGUCUUCCCUAGAUCUACAGUGUACUUUAGUAUGAAGUUACUACAUGGUUAAAUAAGGUCUUCCCUAGAUCUACGGUGUACUAUAGUAUGAAGUUACUACUUGUGGGGGUCAUAAUCAGCUUCACAAGAAUCUGGGUCCUGUGUGAUUUCAACCUCAGUUGUUUAGAAUCACAUUUUCGAAUUUUGUUGCUUUCUGUGUAUUGAACACAAUUUUUGA